CUCAGAAAUCAAAAAAAUAAAAAUUAAAAAAAAUAAAAAAUAAAAAAAAUCAACUCUUCACUUUGUUUCUCUAAAAUUCUUGUAAUUUGUAAAAAAGUUAACUUUUUUCUUGAGCAUUUCAUCGAACGGGUUGUUUUCAAUCAGAAAAUCGAGUCUGAACGGUGGGUUUUUGAGGAUCUUUAUCUGGGUUUUGUUGUUGGUUUAUGUUUAAACAGAUACAACAGGCUUCCAUGGUGAAACGGUGUCGUUUUCUGGGGGUAAUUGAUCAAAGACAGAAGGUUUAGUAUAAGGGUAGUUACAUGGUUGUGUAGAGAGGGAGUUUUGAGUGAGUGAGUGAGUGAGUGAGAAAGAGAUGGGGAGAGGUGUGAUGGUGGGGGUGACGGUUGGGGUGGCGGUGGCGGCGUGUCUGGUGGCGGGAGUGGUGGUGGGAAAGAGAGUUAAAAGUAGAAGGAAGUGGAAGAGAGUUAUGGGAGUGUUGAGAGAGUUGGAAGAAGGGUGUGAAACCACCGUCGGAAGACUUAAACAAGUUGUUGAUGCUAUGGCUGUUGAGAUGCAUGCUGGUUUAGCUUCCGAAGGAGGGUCUAAGCUCAAAAUGUUGCUCACUUUUGUUGAUAAUCUUCCCUCUGGGAGCGAGAAAGGAACUUAUUAUGCCCUGGAUCUUGGGGGUACUAAUUUUAGGGUCUUGCGGGUUUUGCUAGGAGGUCAAGGGUCCUCUAUCCUAGCAAAGGAUGUGGAACGGCAACCCAUUCCUCCGCACUUGAUGUGUGGCACAAGUGAGGACCUCUUCGAUUUCAUGGCUUCAUCGGUGAAGGAAUUUGUGGAAAAAGAAGGAAAUGAUUCUGAGUCUUCUGUUGUAAAAAAGAAGGAACUUGGGUUUACGUUCUCCUUUCCUGUAAGGCAGACUUCCGUGUUGUCUGGGAUUCUUAUCAAAUGGACAAAAGGAUUCGCAAUUGAAGAAAUGGUUGAAAAGGAAGUCGCCCAGUACUUACAAGAAGCAUUGAUUAGGAAAGGUUUAGAUAUGCGGGUGGCAGUAUUGGUAAAUGAUACUGUGGGGACUUUAGCUCUUGGGCAUUAUCAUGAUGAGGACACUGUUGCUGCAGUGAUAAUUGGAACGGGCUCUAAUGCCUGCUAUGUGGAGCGGACAGAUGCAAUUAUCAAGUGUCAGGGACUUCUUACAACUUCUGGAGGCAUGGUUGUCAAUAUGGAAUGGGGAAAUUUCUGGUCAUCUCAUCUGCCUAGAACUUCAUAUGAUAUUGAUUUAGAUGCCGAUAGUCCUAAUCCGUAUGAUAUGGGUUUUGAGAAAAUGAUAUCUGGAAUGUAUUUGGGUGAUAUUGUUAGAAGAGUGAUUCUCAAGAUGUCACAGGAGUCUGAUAUCUUUGGACCCGAUUCUUCCAGGUUAUCAGUGCCUUUUAUCCUCAGGACACCUUUAAUGGCUGCAAUGCAUGAAGAUGGCUCUCCUGAGUUGACAGUAGUAGCAGGAAUCUUGAGAGAGGUUCUGGAGAUUUCAGAUGUCCCUUUAAAGGUCAGAAAGCUUGUCGUAAAAAUAUGUGAUGUGGUAACGCGUAGAGCUGCUCGAUUAGCAGCUGCUGGCAUCGUCGGGAUCUUGAAGAAGAUCGGGCGCGACGGGAGUGGUGGCAUAACAAGUGGGAGAACUAGAAGUGAUGUGAAAAUGAGAAGAACUGUUGUUGCCAUUGAAGGAGGGUUAUACACAAAUUACACAAUGUUCAGAGAGUACUUGCAUGAAGCCUUGACUGAAAUUCUGGGUGAAGAAAUUGCCCAACAUGUCAUUCUUAAGGAAACAGAAGAUGGUUCAGGCAUUGGAGCAGCCAUUUUAGCAGCCUCAUAUUCAUCAUCCAAUAGUGUCGAUACCGAUACUGAUACCGAUACCGUACAGCCGCUAUAAAUAUAUAUAUGAUUAUUUAUAUAUACAUAUAGCUCCUGUAAAUGUAGAAUUCAUUUUCCAAAAUAUGAUAUCUUUUUAUAUGUGGGAAAGAAAAAAAAAGGUCUGCCCCUUCAAGUUUUUAUCUUUUCUCAAAAAGUUUGGCCUCUCAUUGUAUCCUCAAUGUUUUUUACAUACUCUUCUUCAAAGGUCAUUGUAUAGUGAAGCUGGCAAUGUGAAAAUGUUCUUUGCUUAUCAAAAAAAUGAAAUAUUCUUUUUAUUUUGAUGACU